AUGCACCAUCGAAUUGUUGGGCCGUUCAACUAUCUGGCCUGGUGCCGUCAGAGAAUUUUUGACUUUAAAUGCAAACCAAGAAUGACAGCCCUGAUGACUACAGGCAGCCACAACAGCCUCUUUUUUAGUGGUCAUCCCAACGGCAUACCUACGAAGAAGAUAAUUUAUGCAUGGGCCAGAGAUGCUCCAGCACUGAUAUUACCUGAAGGAGUAGGAUUUAAAAUAGGCAAGAAAUCCCGUUUCAAAUAUUUAGUGUUGCAAGUGCAUUAUUCCCAUGUUCAACGCUUUGAAGACGGCAGUACAGAUGAUUCUGGAAUAGUUUUGCACUAUACGACCCAACCAUUGAAAAAACUAGCUGGAGUCUACGUUCUAGGAACUGGUGGUGGUAUUCCACCUCACAGCAUCCAAUACAUGGAGACAUCAUGCAGAAUUACGGAAAAUAAGACCCUAUACCCUUUCGCAUACAGAACGCACACGCACGCUUUGGGUAAGAUUGUAGCUGGUUACGUAAUAAAAGAUAACAAGUGGAUCAAGCUGGGUAAAAGGGAUCCUUUGACACCGCAAAUGUUUUAUAAGACGUUUAACAAUGUCACCAUAAAUAAUGGAGAUGUGUUAGCUGCUCGGUGCACAAUGCAGAGCGAACGUGACAGCUGGACGCUUAUAGGAAAUACGAAUAAAGAUGAAAUGUGUAACUUUUACUUGAUGUAUUAUGUUGAAAAUGACGAUCCAUUGAGCGAAUCAUUUUGCUUCAGUAUGGGUCCACCGACUUAUACCUGGCAGAAAGAUCAUUUAAAUAACAUUCCCGAUGUUGAAGCUUCAACAUUGUAAUUCAUGUUUGCAUGGUAUUAAUCAAUCAGUCAAAUUAUUUUGUGAUAUUUGUAUUUAUUCUUAAACAUUUAUGAAUGUAUGUAGUUUUUUAUGUUUAAGUUUAUACUAUGUUCUUGUUUUUUUGUUUAAUAUGUUCAUAUUUAUUUAUGUUUGUAAAU